UUUUUUUAGAGUUAAUUGUUUAGAUCUAGACAAUUUUGACUAGAUUUUGGCAAGCCGACUGAAGAAAGGUUCACUUCCGGAUGUGCGGCAUCGGAAACGCUUCACGAGAGAAAGGCGGACCCCUCCUCUACUGUCCUUUCUUUGAAACUUUAUUUUUUAACAAUUGCCUGCACUCUAGAAGUACCAGGGAAGCCGCAGUGAACUGUUGAACACAAGAAAAUGGGGGAUAAAGAAUUGAUGUGGGCCUUGAAAAAUGGAGACCUGGACGAGGUUAAGACCUUAAUGAAGGAUGAGGAUGUGAACAGGACCCUGGAGGGUGGCAGGAAGCCCCUGCACUAUGCUGCUGACUGUGGCCAGGCUGAGAUGCUGGAGUUCCUCCUCUCCAAGGGAGCAGAUGUCAAUGCCCCAGACAAACAUGGUAUCACUCCGCUGCUCUCUGCCACGUACGAGGGUCACCUCACCUGUGUCAAGAUCCUGCUAGAAAAGGGAGCCGACAAGGAGCGGAAAGGACCGGACGGCCAGAGCGCCUUCGAAGCCGCCGAGACCGACGCCAUCAAGGCUCUCCUCAAGUGAGACGGGAGCCUAGAAGGGACGGACGGAUGCAGCAGUGGUCCCCCAGACAGGCCAGAUGGACACACCCCUUCCCCAGACCUCUGUCUUUAGCACUGCUUUGUCUGUUUGUGUUUUUUGGAUUUCCCUUUUUGUUUUAUUUUUUUUAAGUUGUAGGGAUUUUCUCUUGCCUCUUCAGUAGCCAUUGACUGGAUGGACUUGUCAAUCAUGUCUCCCUUAGGGACCAAACACUGAGGGGAAAAGCACCCAGACUUGGACCUUCCCUGAACACACAAGGAUGCAAUGUAAAAAAUUAAUAGAGCUUAGCGCUUAAAUAUGAUCGCUCUCAAGUCCUGUGUGCACUCCUUUCACAAAGAUGUUGGCAGACAAAAUGGAAACAUUCAAUAGUGUUCAAUUUUGUGGCCUGUUUUCAAUAUUGUAAGACCACUUGGUUAUAUUAAUCUUCCAAACAUCAGUUGUGCUAGAUGGAGAACGGUUGUAAAGAUAUUCUAUUAGCCCAGUAAGAUGGCCUCUUUCCCCUGGCUGUGUACUGUAGCUCUUCUCUGUAGACCUGACUGGCUAACUGUCCAGCGCUUCAACUAGGGGGUUUGUACUGUAUGAGAGGGUAGGUCCGGUUUAGGCUGCUAAUAAUAUUGGUUACCCACUAUGUAACCCUCUACUGAUAAUAUAUCACACUAAACAAUAUUGACCAAGGUUACUCUAACGUAUAAUAGCGUAAAUACCCCCUUGACCAAUCACCAUGUUGGCAUUACAAAAUGUAUGUACAAUUUUUUUUAAAAAAUCUGUUACUUAUUAAAACAUUGCUGUGUAGUGAUGACAUUAUGUUAACAUUGACCAUUAUCCAAUUUAGAAUUGCAUAAUAUUUUUCCCUUUGAGUUUUGAACAUGUUCUGAUCUGCAAUCCUUUGUUUCCGCUGUCUGUUUUCUAUUAGCUGAAUGGGUGGGUUUAGGGUUCAAACUGUGGAUCGGGAAAUGAUCGUCCUCUCGCUCUCUGGGUUUGAUUAACCUGCCGGCUCUCCUGCAUUUCAGAACUUCCUCUGCUUCUACUGCUACGCUCUCAAAAAUGGCUGCCUUCCUCUUUUGGUUGCUUUCAAAUAAUUACAAUGCAAUGAAAACAAAAUACAAAACGCUUUCUCUCUGGCAUCGUUGUGAGGAAAAAGCUGUAAAAACUGAAAUAAAAAAAUCUUAAAAUUA